CCUUCGGAUGCCAUCGAUCCUAUCGAAAUAAGAUAAAUUGACUUCUGCUUUCUUCAAACUGUCGAUCACACCCCAAACGAUCCUCGGGGGACUUCAUGGGAGGUCAGCAACAUCCCAGAGUGAGCUACAUACAUACAUCAUCAUCAUCUUCUUCUUCUACCAGCCUCGACUCUCUUUCUCUGUCUCUCCUUUCUUUUCCUGUUUUCCUUAUUUCGAUUUGAGCUCCUGCUUGGUGCACGUUCAUGUUCUUGCAGUGCAUGUGUAUGCCGACUACUGCACUACCAUACAUACAUACAACAACAAAAAAAAACAAGAGUUAACAUUUGAAGAGAGAAGUCGAUCAGAGUUGAGUGUCUGUACAGUCAUCACCAAUUAGAACAACCCUCUCUGCCAUUACCUCUUUCGUCCACUUUCCAUCGGGCCUUCUCUCAUAUCCCCUGGUUACCAUCUAUCCCAUCCCAGCUCACCUCUCGCACAGUCAAACACUACUAACUACUACCGUCAUCACAAUCAGCAAUCAUCCAAAGAAUACCAACCAAUCAAAACUUCUCUUUCUCUCUCUCUCUCUCUCUCUCUCCUCGAACAGAAAAAAAAAACCAAACAACUUCAACCACAGAGACCCACAUUUUUCCCCCAGCCGAUUUCUCCAACCCAAUUCUCACUCGGAAUCCUUCUCAACCAACUGCUCAUCGCAAUCACAAUCCUUUUCGAAUUCCAUCGGCAGCCAUCAAGCCAAUCCAUACAUCCUCACCACCAAUUCACAUCAAUCGACGCCAGAAGCCUCCUGAGAUCACUUCACCACCCAAUACACUUGGCUUCCUCUGUGAAUACAACCCAUUAUUAUUACUGAAUAAAUCAAUAAAUACUAUUUAGGUUGUACGGCACCUCUCGGCUCAAACCUUAAACGACCAAUCCACUCCUCCGCGCAGGGCUUUUUUUUACUCUGCCUGGUUGGACUUCUUUUCCCACCCCAUAUACCCACCACAUCUGGUAAAAACCAUCUUCUGGAUUCAGUCUGAUCUCUCUUUUCUCAGCUACACACAUAUUUUCUCUUUCUCCCUCUCUCUCUCUUUUUCCCUGUUCUCAUCCUCCGUCAACUUUGCCCGUCGCCCGCUUUCUCACCCGAUUGCUCCUAUUGUUGUGUAUACCAGGUUGAUGCCCCUCAACUCGCCCUACUAGGCUAAUACCAGCUCGAGUGGACAACAUCUUCAAAUCACAUAGGACACAUCUCCCUCUCAACCGUCCCUUCAACAACCCUCGCCUUCCUCUGAUCGGCAUCCUCUCCGGAAUCGCACAUCACCUAUCAUCCUCAACGAUUAACGAUACCCAAUCAUCAUCAUCAUCAUGAGGAAAUUUUUCAAUCGCAAGAGGGUUUCACAUGACCACGGUUCAGCUGUCAUACCCAGUGGAACUUCAAGCAAACCCGUAGAUUAUACUACUCAAGCAUCUUCUACCCUUGCUUCGUCAGCAACCGAUCAAGAAACUGCUGCUCUCGCUUCAGGCUCAGUCAAUCACUCACAACAUCGUGACUCAUCCACCGCCAGUCUCAUCUCAACACCUUCGAUGAAUGAACUGGAUCCAUACCCAAGCGAUAAUCACCACGUUUCACCUAACCCUCGAGACAAUCGGGAUAAGCGUCAAGUCGCUUUCGUCAGUCCCGAUAGCACAAGCCCUAACUCGGAACUUUCUUCUCACGUCGGUGAUCUCUCUACCUGCUUGCUCUCUUUUCGAUAUGCCUUACAUUACGCCAAAGUUGUGACCACCCGACCAACCACUCCUCCAACACCCCAGCCAUCACAUCCCUCCCUUCGAUCUUCCUCUGCAGCUGGCAACACUCACGGCUCAACCAGGACGGUUAUGAACUACGCCCAUACAUCUUCCUUUCACCAUCCCCCCGCCAGCGUCAUGUCUCCCCAUCGGGCUGCCGGAGGAUCGACCGGGUGGCGAUCCGAUGGCAGUGCAGGAUCGCAGUCCGGAAGUCAGCUCGGACACUCCGCAUCUCUUCCAUCCCCGGAUCCAUCUCGCGAAACCUAUGGCGACAGGAUGACUCCAACUCCCAACACCGGAUAUCGACCCAUGACACCCCUAUCAACCAUCAGCUCAGGAUACCAAGUCCGGAGAAGCUCUGGUGGAGUGAUCGGCCCUGCUGACACUUGGGGCGGAAAUGUGAUUGGCGGGCGAUUGGGCGAAGACAUCUACCAGCCGAUGACCUGGAGUGAAAUGACCGACCUAGAUUUGGUCGAAAACUUGAGCGGGAGAGAACGGACGCGUCAGGAAGUUCUCUGGGAAAUCGUGGCCAGUGAGGAGCGUUACAUUUCCGAACUAGUUUCUCUCCGAAACAACUACAUUACUCCGAUACUUUAUCCCAUGAUUGCCCCAAUUCUUCUAUCUCCCCCAGCAACCGAUACCCAAUCCAGUUUCUUCAAGAGCUACAGCAGUGUCUCCUCAAGCUCGCCAACGACUUUGACUCCUCCCACCACCGCCUCUGAUUUCCUCCCAAUUGCUGCCCAAUUCGUUCGAAGUCCGUCCAGAUGCUCUCGCAACACUUCCAACCAUAGUCAAGAUCAUCUACCUGACAUGGAAUCAGAAGACUCUCACACAUUCCCUGUACCAUCCACUGCUCCUAUCACAUCUCCUGAUCCUACUGGAGCCCUGUCCCCGAGCGAUAAAAAUGCUGCUAAUCAUAAUCGCAUCUCCUUCAAUCGCUUUGGAAUUCGUUCGAAGAGAUCAUCCCAGCCCGACUUAGAGCCCAAUGCACAGACUCUCCCCAACUUCAACCAAUCAAGCUCCUCAGUCCCACACAUGAAUUCGAAGGCCGCUUCCACUUUACGUGGUAUCAGACAUUACCUUCGACCGCCCAAUCCACCCAACAAACUUCAUAAAGCUCAUCAGGAAACUAUCCAGCAAGCUCUCACCAAUCAUGCCAACUUCGAAUACCUUUUACCUGAGUCGCUCAGGAUCAUUUUCAAUAUCAUCAAUGAUGGGAUGUUUAGGGGUCAUGAAGAUUUGAGCGUACAACUCAAGGAAAAAUAUCUCGAACAAUUCCCGCUCGUCCGGGACUUGACAUCAGUCUGGGCCGAACAAACUUGGAUCAUCGAGACCUAUGCUGUCUAUGUCCAGCAUCUUGAACGUGCUCUGCGGGACAUCGAAGAAGCUUUGGCCGUCGUGGGACGCAAGAAUUCUUCUGCGCCGAAGGAAAUGAAGCGCCUUGCUAGUAUCAUCAUGAUACUGGAAGAACACGCAGCUGUCCAAGGUGAAUGCGGACUGGCAAUUUGUCUGUCUAAACCGUUCCAAAGACUUCUCAAGUACCCCUUAUUAUUCCAAAAUCUACUUUACCAUACCGAUGCAUCUACCCACGAGUACGAGAGUGCUCAAGCUAUGGCAAUUUCGAUAGAUGGGAUUGUUAGGAGUAUUGAAGAUGGGAAGAUUAGUGAAGAAGAGCGAAGCAAAGCUCGCGAUGUAUGGUCCCGGAUUGACGGCAUCAAUGAAAAGGCACUCAUGGUUCCUCAAAGUGAUCGCCUUCUCAUGUCUGAGGAAUCGGUUUGGCAACCGGUACCUGGCAAAGAAAAGCGAACGCUGUCUGAUGUGGCCGAAGGCAGUCGGGCAGUCUCCCCGAUAUCCUCCCGUAACCUGCUCAGUCCGACUGGGAAAAAAGAGAAGACGACUAUCGAUCGUCUGCGUAUCCUCAAAGGACAGAAGUCUUUCCGCAGGCUUUCAGAUAUGGUCGGCACUGAGAGUAAGCAGCCCACUCUUGGCUCCAAGCGGGAUGUUUGGCUCGUUGUUUUUUCGGAUGUUGUUCUACGAUGUCAACGGGUAGGCGUCACUCGAAUGUCGACAAGCUAUCCCUCCUGGUUGAAAGAAAAACAGAAGGGUAAACGCCUAUUGCCUGGUCAAGAAAGGAACCUCUACAAAUUCCUUAAAAUCGAAAGAUGGGAGAAGCAUCCUUCUAUUGUCUUGAAAGAGGCUAAUCAAGCCCACGCGGAUGAUAUGGCGAACAAUACAGCCAGCUCAACCGCCCAACAGCCCAGCGAGGUUCCCAUCCAAUCAGCUUCAGGUGCCAGUGACCUCCCGCCUGAACGUGUGGUUCUGACUUCCAAUGGGACGGACGAGUACGAGCGUAUCAGACGCGAGAGUGCCAUGAGUUUUUCCUACGAACAGGAUGACCCCAAACCGAUCAUUGCACCCAUUGCACCUCUGACCAAAGGGACGCUAACUAACAAGAAUGUCACGAAACUGACCUCUAAUGUUUCAACAUCAUCCAAGAAAUUCACGAGCAAUCCCGCCCCAGCGACCCGGAUUGUUUCUCCGACGACUCAAUCAGUUAUUGGAAAGAGGACAGCAGCGGUGAGCAAAUUUUCCAACCGAGUCCCGGCCGGCCACCAGUUCCAAGGCGUCUCGGGAAGCCUGUCUCCAUGUGGAUCAUCCUCAGCCCAUCAUCACCGUUCCUCGGCUGGGGGACAUACUGCGACGACAAACCACACGACCACCCUACCUGUUACAUCACAGUAUCGAUACGAGACACCAACAACUAGUACGUUGGCCAAGAAAGCUGCAGCGGGUGCGAGCCGGGCUUUAUCGCCUGCCAUCAGCUCCAGAGCUCCAUUGGCGAGACGUCGAGCAGGUAGCACUUCUGGCUCAGCUAAUAACAACCCACCUAAGACAAAUAAUGGGAUCGGACGUCAAAGGGCCGGCAGCAUCGAGGCCCUUAACAAACCAUCGUCUCAAUCAUCUCAUCGACACCAGCUCCAUCAAUCCUCUGGCCCUGUCAAAAGAAACCACCCAAACAAAGCUAAUCAUACCGUCGAACAUCCUCAACCUUCUGCUGCUGUUGUCUCGAAAAAACCCUCAGAAGAUUUCUCGGCUUUUAAGAGUUACUUUGAUACGCCUUCCAAUACUAUGUCUUCCCUCGCGAUCGCCUUUCCUACUUGAGAUCUCCAUAUGUCCUUCUGUCAUCUUGAGCUUCCUUUCUUCUACUUUCUCCUAUGCUUUGCUGCUUUUUUGUUUGUAUGUACUUAUUUGUUUGGUCCUGCUUUGUCCUCUCAUCCUCUCUCUCCUUAGCUGUUUGCAUCUUCAUUGGACAAGUCAAUUGUUGUCUUUCUUCCUUCCUUGACCUCUUUCAUCAUUCAAGUUCUAUGUCAUCCUUUCUUCACAAAUCAUUACAAGUACCCUUUUUUUAAGUAUUAAUUCAUCUGGAUCACUCCUUCCCUCCUUCCUCAUUCCUCUCUCUUUCUUUUUUCCUCAUUUUUCUUAAGUACUGUGUUCAGAUUGAUUUUAAAAGAAAAAAAACCCACUCAUUUUUACUU